AUGGAUACUGAUAUACGUGCAGUAUUGUAUAAAAAUUGGAAGAAGCGAGCUUUUAUAGGUCCUCUUCCACAAGGCUUUUUAAAAUUAGAAGAUCGCAAUGCACAACAACAACAAGAAGCAGCUGAUCAACAGGCUGCAUUAGCUUUGCAACAAUUGCAAAUGCAAAGUAAUCCAAUGUUACAUGAUCCACGUAUGGGCAAACUUAGUAUAACAAUUGCCCAGGCAAAAUUAGUGAAAAAUUAUGGUAUGACAAGAAUGGAUCCAUAUGUUAGGUUAAGAGUUGGUCAUUCAAUUUAUGAAACGCAUACAGAUUCUAACGGAGGGAAAAAUCCACGUUGGAAUAAAGUUAUGCAAUGUUUUUUACCACCAGGAGUUACACAAAUAUACAUAGAGAUAUAUGAUGAAUGUUCUUUUGUAAUGGAUGAAUUAAUUGCAUGGGGUCAUAUAGAUAUACCACCUAAAGUUCUUCAAGGAGGUGAAACACAUGAAGAUUGGUAUACGCUCAGUGGCAAACAAGGUGAUAAUUUGGAAGGCAUGAUCAAUUUAGUUUUCAGUUAUACGGCUAAAUGUCAUCCAUAUAUGCCUGGACCAUCAGUAAUGAUGGUACCUUCUGCAAAAAUGUUUAGUAUGGCAUCAUAUACACCCGUAUAUACAUCACCUCAACCAAUAUCAGCAGUUACAACACCUCCUGUUAUACCAAGUUUAUUACCAAAUGCUGAAGUUGAAUUGAAACAGCUUGCAGAAAUGUUUCCAAAUAUUGAUAAAGAAGUUAUUAAAUCGGUAUACGAUGUUAAUCAAGGAAAAAAGGAUAUAACUAUAAAUUCAUUACUUCAAAUGUGUGAAUGAAUUUGAAAAUAUUUUAAAGAAAAUAUUCUAUGGAAUAUGUUAUAUAGACUAUACUGAAUCAAUGGCUGUAUCGAUGGAAACAAAAGAAUAUAAAGCAGAUAUCUGCUAAUAUAAUGAUUAUAAAUUUAUUGAUUGCUUUAACAAAAACUGUAGAAUGAAAAUAACAAUUGAUACGGGCUUUGCAUGAUUUCAUUGUAUACAUUUUAAAGACCAGAAAAGUUAUAUGAUGUGAUAUACAUUUGCCUUCUUCUGCCUUUGCUAAUGUCUCAUUGUAAGAUUUUUCAAAGCAUCACAGAUUAAUUUGAAACUACAAUAACAUUCGAUAUUCUUGUCCAUAUUCUUUUGUGUAAUAUAUUUCUUGUAAAUUUAAUAUAUUCCUAAAUGAGUAAUAUUUAUUUUUAUUCUUAUUUAUACAAUAAAUCAUUGUAUAGAUAAUGCCAAGAAAUAUAUAAUUAAGUAUUAAUGUAUUAUGAUAAUGUAGUAAAGUGAUGAAUAUAAUUGAAUAUUGCAUUUAACAGUUGCAGAAGAAGAUGUACAAACAUUAAAAAUAAUAUUAUAUUAACUUACUUGAAAUAGUAUCGUUAUAACAAUGUUUUAGAUAUUAUUGUCUCCAAGAAUUAAGAUCUUUUAUAUAAUUUCAAUAUAUAUGUUUUUCAGUUAUAUAGUUUAGUAAUAUAAUAUUUAUAAAUCUAUUAUUUAAUAACGCCACUAAUUAUUAAAUAUGUAUUAUUCUAAAUAUUAGUUGCCAUAAAAUAUGAUACAUUUUUAUGAUGUCAUUAUCUAAAGAUUUCACUUAAAAACAAUUAAUGAAGCUUAUGAAAACAAUUUGUAAGUUAACUUUCUACAUAAACCGAUCUAAGUACUGAAAAAUAUGAUCUUGUAUUUAGAGGAUUAUACAAACUACAAAAAUGUAUUUUCUUAGAAAUAUAUAUUAUAUAAUUUUAAUUAUA